UCCCUUCUCCCGUUCAGUCAUUCUUAUCUGUCUUCCCCUGAUAACAUAACUUCCCUCUUGCUCCGAACGUUUUCUUUCCAUCCUUCUUUCUCAGCAACCAACAAUGAACAAUGCCAAGGAAAAGCUGGUGGUAGAAGUGGUGGGAGCCCAUAACUUGAUGCCAAAAGAUGGGGAAGGCUCCUCAUCACCUUUCGUCGAGGUUGAGUUCGAAAAUCACAGGGAAAGAAGCACUGUCAAGUACAGGGACCUCAAUCCCGUUUGGAAUGAAAAGCUCGUCUUUCCCGUAAACGACGUCGCUGACCUCCCUUACAGAACGAUCGAAGUGAACGUCUUCAACGAGAAAAGAUCCAACAACAGUAGGAAUUUUCUGGGAAAGGUUCGGGUUUCGGGGUCGAGUAUAGCGCGAGAAGGUGAAGAAAUUGCUCAACUUUAUACCCUCGAUAAGAGGAGCUUGUUUUCUCAUGUCCGUGGAGAAAUCACGUUGAAGCUUUACUUGUCGUCUCGAGAAGAAGUCAAGCAGGUUAUCAAUGGCAAUAAUGGCGCUGGCGUCAUGGUCUCCAAGAAGAAUAAAAGGUUGCAGCAGCAGCAAGGAACCAACCUGGCGGUGCAACAGCAGCUGAAUCAAGAGAACAAACUGAAUUUCCAAAAUCAUAACCACCCAAAGCCAGUAGAGCCCGGCGGCCCGGGUGACAUGAUGAAACCUGUUGUUAUCACUGCCGGACCGAAUCCUACCAUCCCGCCUGUCGUCAACCCGGCAGGCCUCGGGGUUGGAAGGGGUGGUGUUGGUAACGGAGGAGUUGCUGUGUACUCUUCCACAGGCGCCCCAGGGCCAGCGGGUGAGUAUUCUCUGAAAGAGACAAGUCCUCACCUAGGUGGGGGCCCACUAAACAAGGACAAGACAAGCUCGACUUACGACCUGGUAGAGCAAAUGCAGUACUUGUACGUUAGAGUUGUCAAGGCCCGUGAUAUCUCUUCUGUCUUUGGUGGUGGUGGGGAGCUGGUAGCAGAGGUGAAGCUUGGGAAUUACAGAGGAAUUACUAAGCGGGUGUCCUUGACUAAUAAUGCCGAGUGGGACCAAGUUUUCGCCUUCUCUAAAGAUUGCAUACAAUCUUCAGUGGUGGAGAUUUUUGUGAAGGAGGGCAACAAAGAUGACUUCUUGGGUCGUGUUUGGUUCGACCUUAACGAGGUUCCCAAGAGGGUUCCCCCAGAUAGUCAGCUGGCGCCUCAAUGGUAUAGAAUGGAGGACAAGAAAGGGGAGAAGGCCAAAGGUGGUGAAGUGAUGGUAGCCAUUUGGUUUGGGACUCAAGCCGACGAAGCGUUCGCGGAGGCUUGGCAUUCCAAGGCGGCAAAUGUGCAUACUGAGGGUUUGUGCUCGAUAAAGUCGAAGGUUUAUCUUUCGCCAAAGCUUUGGUACCUCAGGGUCCAUGUUAUUGAAGGGCAGGAUGUUGUCAUGGGCGAAAAAGGGUCAUCAAUGAUGAGGUAUCCUGAGCUUUUUGCGAAAGUUCAAGUUGGGAAUCAAGUUUUGAGGACCAGAAUUGCUUCACCUCUGGCUAAUAAGAGCCUUUCCAACCCUGUUUGGAAUGAAGACUUGCUUUUUGUGGUUGCGGAACCGUUUGAGGACUAUGUUUUGGUUUCAGUUGAAGAUCAUAUAGCUCCCAACAGGGAUGAGGUUGUUGGGAGGGUGGUGCUGCCAGUCACAGGUAUUGAGCGGAGGUUAGAUGAAAAGCCAGCGACUUCAAGGUGGUUCAAUCUUGAUAUUCACUUCAACAACCAGAACGAGUCUAAGGCUAUGAUGAGAUUUGCCUCCAGAAUACACCUCCGAGCCUCUCUUGAUGGAGGUUACCAUGUGCUCGAUGAAGCCACCAUGUACAGCAGUGAUGUUAGGCCAACCGCAAAGCAGCUCUGGAAGCCCCACAUUGGUGUACUCGAGGUUGGAGUCUUGGGUGGUACAAAUCUCGUCCCCGUUAAGAUCAAGGAAGGCAAAGGAGGCUCCACUGACGCCUAUUGUGUGGCAAAGUACGGUCAAAAAUGGGUCCGAACUAGGACCGUGGUGGACAGCUUGUCUCCCAAAUGGAACGAGCAGUAUACUUGGGAAGUCUUUGACCCUUGCACCGUCAUCACCAUUGGGGUGUUUGAUAAUGCUCGCGUUGACAAAAACACAGCAGUCGCAGCCGCAACUCGAGAUUCCCGCAUUGGGAAGGUCAGAAUUAGGUUGUCCACUCUCGAAUCUGAUAGAGUUUAUACUCAUGCUUAUCCGCUCCUCAUGUUGCAUCCCUCCGGAGUAAAGAAGACGGGAGAGCUUCAUUUGGCUGUUCGGUUUUCUUGUGCUAAUAUGGUCAAUGUGCUACACAAGUAUUCAAUGCCUCUGCUUCCGAAGAUGCAUUACGUGCUGCCAUUGUCCGUAAAUCAAUUGGAUGGUUUGAGAUACCAGGCUAUGAAUGUGGUGGCGUCAAGGCUAGGUCGAGCUGAGCCACCUUUGGGAAGAGAUGUGGUUGAGUACAUGCUUGAUCACGACUCUCAUAUGUGGAGCAUGAGAAAGAGCAAAGCCAACUUCUUUAGGCUCACAAAUAUCUUAGCUUGGUUCGUUGCCGUGAGCAGGUUCUUGGAGUCCCUGCGUAAUUGGCACAAGCCCGUAUACUCGGCAUUGUUCAUGAUUGUCUUCAUGGUAUUCGUCUUGGUGCCUGAGCUCAUAAUGCCUUGUGUAUUGCUGAUCAUGGCUUCCGUCGGACUCUGGCGAUAUAGGUCCAGGCCACGCCACCCGCCUCAUAUGGACACUCGACUGUCCUAUGCUGAUGCUGUGCACCCAGAUGAAUUGGAUGAGGAAUUUGAUUCCUUCCCCUCGAGUCGGAGUGCGGAGAUUGUUAGGAUUAGGUAUGAUAGACUAAGGAGUGUUGCCGGAAGGAUUCAGUCUGUUGUCGGGGAUAUGGCUACUCAAGGCGAGCGUUUUCAAGCACUGCUAAGUUGGCGCGAUCCGAGAGCCACAUUCUUGUUUGUCAUAAUUUGUUUCAUUGCAGCUUGUGGAUUCUAUCUGGUGCCAUUUAAGUGGGUCGUGGCUCUCUGGGGGCUCUAUGUUCUGAGGCCACCCAAGUUUAGGAAUCGGUUACCUUCAAGAGCCGUCAGCUUCUUCAAGAGGUUGCCAACAAAUGCUGAUAGUAUGUUAUAGGGAGUCUGAAUUCUGUGUUCACAGUCGUACUGCUG